AUGAUAUAAAAUUCUAUUAUAAAAUGGCAAGAUGAUUGGCAGUCCACAACAAUUUUAUUAGAUUUUAUCAAUACAAAUGACGAAGAAAUAGAAAUAGGGUAUGAUGAAACAUAAUACUUAGAGUCAGGUCAAAAAGUAGGAGGUUUUCUACUUCUGUUGAAAAAUAAAAGUUUAUAGAUGAAUACACAAAAAAGAAAAAGACAGAAUUAUGCAAGAACUUUAUGCUUAAAGGAUCUUGCAAAUUUGGUAUUGAAGUAUUAUAUUAAAUUAAUGAUAAAGUGUUCAUAUGCCCAUGGCCACUCUGAACUUUUACCUAAGGCGCAUCUCCAUUAAAACUACAAGACAAAGCCAUGUAAAAAUUUUAUAAAAGAUGGUUGGUGUAAUUAUGGAUCGAGAUGUUAAUAUAUACAUCCAGAGAAUUCUAUAAAGAAAAAGAAAACUAGCUCAUUAAUAUCUUAAGAUAAAUAAGCACAAAUAAAACUAAGCUCUAACAAUUAGAAUCUAGCUGAUAAAAUAAUCUUUUAUUAUUCAGAAUUAUUACAGAAACUUAACAUUACUCCGCAAUUUAGUAUCUCAAAUUUACCUCGAUUAAAUUGCUUUAAACAGUUGGGAAAGCAUAAAAUUAGUUUUUAAUCAGAUAAGUCUGAUUUUUGA